AUGAUAUACAAUAAACUAAAGACGUACUCAUCCCACAGUCCCCACAAGACUAGCGGGCAAUCAUCCGUGGGCACAGCUCAGUGGAGCGCUCGCAUGAACACCGCGACACCCCCGAGAACGCCUGCCAAGGCCGCAACACCAGGCGCGAAGCCCGUCAUGCCCGACGCGCCGUUCGCGCCUCCCUGGCUCGUGCCGCCUGAAGAGAUGCGGUUCUUGCCGCUCUGCCCGUUCGAUGUCGCGAGAACCGAUGGGUCGACCGUCACGGUGUUCGCUGUCUUCGUCACGAUGGACGUCGCGAACGUCUGCGGGGCUGCUGGGUCGACCGCCGCUUGUGCGGCAUCGGAAAAGAGACGAGGGCCGCGCCAGGCGCGGGCACCGUGA